AUGCUACCGAAGCUUUUUACUGCUACAUCCGAUGGCGAUUCAAUGGUGAAGCAAAGUGCGGUGCUAUCCGCUCGCUCACCACCAAAGCCAUCGGGAACCUCUGCUUCCUCCGGUGACAUUUUUGACCAGCAGAGGGCGGUGCCACCCGCUUGCUCACUGGCCUUAUCAUGUCACCGGGAACCGCUGCUACGGUCGAUCGAACCUACUCCUCCCCCACCACCACCUCAGUUCCACCCCACCCCAGUUCCCACCUACCCCAGCCCCACCAUCUCCACCCCAGCCCUGAAUUCCCAGCUCCCACCCACCCUGUUCCACCUGUGCCCCCAGCCCCUGUUCCCCACCCCUGUCUGGCUCCACCCCACCCAGCCCCUGUUCCUGUUCCUGCUCAGCCUCACCCACUCCCAGCACCUCAGCCUCCUGUUCACCCCCACCUGUACCCCAGCCCCACUCCCACCAGCCCUGUUCCCACCCCCAGCUCCUGUUCUGUUCUGUCUCACCUGUUCCCACUCCCCUUCACCCCACCCUGUCUCUGUUCCCAGCCCCUGUUCACCCCCACCCCAGCCCUGUUCCAGCUCCCAGCUCCCACCCUGUCCUGUUCUGCUCCACCCCACUUCAGCCCUGUUCCCAAAUUCCCCACCUCACCCCUGUUCCCCACCCCACCCAGCCCCACCCCACCCACCCAGUUCCUGUUCCCAGCCCCAGCUCCAGCCCCACUCCACCCCUGUUCCCAGCCCCAGCCCCUGUUCCCUCAGCCUCCGACCCACCCCACCUCAGCCCACCACCCCAGCCCCACUCCCCAGCCCUGUUCCAGCCCCCAGCCCCUGUUCCACCUGUUCCCCCUGUUCAGGCCCCCCAGCCUCACCAGCCCCACUGUUCCACCAGGCCCCACCACCCUGCACCACCCCACCUGCCCCUGAGUCCCACCUCACCUCAGCUCCCAGCCCCACCCACCCAGCUCCUCAGCCCUGGCUCCUGUUCCUCCAGCCCCACCUCCAGCCCACACCAGCCCCCACCUCACCUCAGCUCCCAGCCAGCCCUGUUCCAGCCCCCAGCUCUGCCCCUCAGCCUCACUCAGCCCACCAGCCCCCAGCCUCACCUGUUCCAGCUCCCCACCCCAGCUCCCUGUUCCUGUACCUCACCACUCAGCCCAGCCUCACCUGUUCUGGGCCCAGCCUCACUCCCUGUCUCAGCCCCCACCUGUUCCUGUUCCCCCAGCCCAGCUCACCCCACUCUGUUCCCACCUCAGCCCAGCCUCCCAGCCCCACUCCAGCCCACCCCUGUUCCCACCCCACCCCACCUGUUCAGCCCCACCUGCACUCCAGCUCCACCCCACUCCCUCCCACCCACCCCAGCCCAGUCUGUUCCCAGCCCCAGCCCCACCCCAGCCCCUCAGCCCCCAGCCUCCACUCCCACCCCAGCUCCCACCUGUCUCACCAGGCUCUCACCAGCCCCAUCCUGUCUCAGCCUCACCCCACCUCACCCCUGUUCCCACCUGCCCUGUUCCCAGCCCUGUUCCUGUUCCAGGCCCCAGCCCCACUCACCGCCCCUGUUCCCUGA